CAGCCGCGGUCACGGUGUGCUGGCAGCACUGUCGCAGUUUAUCGUCAAGAAAUGACAAUGGUGGAUGGCAGCGGGCGAGUUUCGACGUGAUAAUCAAAAGCAAAUAUUUACAAAAGUGUUCAAAAUGGGUGUUAUGUAAUAUAUAAACCGAGUGUAUUUUUAAGAAACAAAAAUGCUACAAAGCUGCAGGAAUGCCUAUCGUUUCAAGAUAACCCAGUUCAAUGUAUUCCUAGUGAUAGCUUCUGUAUUGACAUCCAUACAAGGACAUGUGCUUGAGUUCACUGUGGAACCAAUAGAUACAGUAGUAGAGGCAGGGCAAUCAGCUGUGCUUGACUGUGUAGUAAAGGCUUCACAUCAUCAACAGAGUGUCCUAAUACAAUGGCUGGACCAGGAUGGAUCCAAACUCACCUUCAUGGGUGAUUCAUACAGAUCUCAACUGACCAAUGGUUCUUUAUACAUAAAUAGUGUGAUAGAGGAACAGAGAUUGACAGGAAACUACCAGUGCAUGGCAACAUUGCCAAAUUUUGGCUCUAUUGUUAGCCGUGUUGCCAAAUUAAAUAUAGCUAGUCUGUCAGGGUUCGAGGAGCAGCCGCGCGACCUGCACGCCCAUGUGGGGCAGCGGGCGCACUUGGCGUGCCGCGCUUUGGGCGCUCCCCCGCCCAGGGUCAGGUGGCUGAAGGACGAGCGACCGAUGGCGGUGGACGAGCUGCGCAUGGUCGUGCUGCCCUCGGGCGCUUUGGAGAUCGACGAUGUCGUGGUGGGCGAUCAGGGGACGUACAGAUGCAACGCGACCUCUCUCAACUCGUACAAGCUGAGCGACAAGGCGACGUUGCAGAUAGAGGGCGGCGCGGGGGAACGGGGUGGCCCCCGCCUCUCGCCGCCCACCUUCAUCGCCCAACCGGUGGCGGGCACGUUCGUCGAGGGGCAGAACGUGUCGCUCGAUUGCGCGGCCAACGGCCAUCCGCCGCCUACUAUCAGUUGGCUCAAGGACGGAUAUCCUAUCGACAUGAACGAUUUGGACAGCAGAUUCUCCCUGGUGGGUACUACAAGCUCAUUGAGAAUAACGAAGAUCCAGGAGGAGGAUCGAGGCACCUACCAAUGUCGGGCUCAGAACAGGGAAGACAGCCUCGACGCCUCUGCCCGGAUCCUGAUCCAGGUGCCUCCGAAAUUUCUGAAGAAACCCCAAGACAAAACGGAGCAUGCGACUAAGGAUGUCGAGUUGGAAUGCUCAGUGUAUGGCAUUCCUGAGCCUAAGAUACAGUGGUUCAAAAACGGGGAGUUGGUGAAAUAUUCCGACUAUUAUAAGUUGGUUAACGGGUACAAUUUGAAAAUCAUGGGUCUGAUGGUGACAGAUUCAGGAAUUUUUCAGUGUUUUGCCUCAAAUGAGGCUGGAAAUAUACAGGCUGCUGCUAGUUUGAGGGUACAAAAUAAUCCAGAACCGAAAAAGCCGAAACCCCACCCCCCGAAAAAGGUCCCUCCCCAACAGUCCAAGUCUCUAUUCUCGUCCCUGCGCGGCGAAUCCGACGCGGCUAACGGGGAGGGGCUAGGCGCGGCCGACUACGCCCACCUGUUGCCGCGAACGGAGGGUGCGGCCUCGUUCGACGCGCACGCCGCCUUCAAUUCGCUGAAGAGCAGCGGUGCGGGAGGGGGAGGGGGCGGGGCGCAGUUCGCGUUCACCGUCCGACCCGUUUCAGCGGCCGGCGACGAGGGGCGGGGCGCGGUCGAUGGGGUGCCUGGCCCGCCCAGGGAGCUGAGGGCGGCCAUCGUGAAGGGCAGGUUUGUCGUGCUGAGCUGGCGGCCGCCCGCGGAGAACGGCGAGGAUAUACAGGCGUACGCGGUGUACUACCGGCAGGAGGGAAGCGACAGGGAACGUUUCCAAAACACCACCCGCUCCAAACUGGAAGAAAUAAACAUAGCGGGCCUGACGCCCGGCCGAGUCUAUCGUUUCCGCGUCGUCGCGUACGGUCCUCGAGGCGUCGGAGUGUCCUCCGACACCGUGGCCGUCACGACGCAGAGCGAGGAGCACGUGGCCAGCGCCCCCUUGGCGUUCGACGCGUACGCCACCGGGCCGAGGAGCGUGCGCAUCAGCUGGCGACCGCCCGAUACGCCCAACGGGCUGGUGUUGCGGUACACCGUCUACUACAUGGAGACGAGUGCCUCGAUCGAGCACAACGUCGACACUAUCGACCUGACCUACGAGUUGACCGGGCUGGCGCCGUACACGGAGUACAGCGUGUGGGCGGUGGCUGUGAACGGGAACGGGGCGGGCGCCGCCACCGAGGAGCGGACGGUGCGCACGUUCGGCGCCCAGCCGUCCGAGCCGCCCAUCAACGUAACCACGGAGCCGUCGAGCACAAACAUCACGGUGCGCUGGGAGCCGCCGCCUCCCGACUCCCAGAACGGCGUCAUCUUGGGCUACAAGAUCAAGUGGCGCCGAGCGGGCGGCGGGCGAGGCACCGCCAGCGGCAAGGGGGGCGGCGGCACGCACACCGCGCAGCCGGCCUCCCGUCACUACGUCAUCGAGGGGCUGGACAAGGGCGCGGCCUAUCAGGUGCGGUUGUGGGCGUCGAACGUGAACGGCACCGGGCCGGGCAGCGAGUGGGCGGACGUGCGGACGUUCGAGGAGGACGUGGAGGAGGGCAGGGUGCCCGAGCAGCCGUCGUCGCUCAGAGUACGUCCUACUUUCGACACACUGUACGUGAUGUGGGCCCCACCCUCUAACCAGAACGUACGGGUCAGAAAUUACAUUCUCGGUUGGGGAAAAGGCAUCCCCGAUAUGUUCGUUCACGAACUUGAAGAAAAAAACAGGACUUACGUCAUUGAUAGAUUGGAGCCCAACUCCGAGUACGUGCUGAGCCUGCGCGCCAGCAACCAGAUGGGCCCCGGCCCGCCCAUCUACACCACCGUCCGAACGCAGGACGAACCGCCACCCGAACCGGCCGUCACCCUCUAUCCCCCCAUGGGGCUCAAGGCGCAAGUGCUGAGCCCCACAUCGGUGGUGCUGUACUGGACGGACCCUUCCUUGAAACAAAGUCAGUACGUUAAAGACAAUCGUUACUAUAUCGUGCAAUAUACCGAUGACAGGAUGAAGAAGCCUAAGUACUUGAACGUGACCGAUUUGAAUGUGAUGGUGGACGAACUGAAGCCGAACACCCUGUAUGAUUUUUCCGUGAAACUCGUAAAAGGUCGCAAGGAGAGCUCGUGGAGCAUGGUGGUGCAGAACCGUACGUGGGAGCCGCCCUUGGGCCUCCCUCCGCGCGAGCUCGACGCCCACUUUUUGGACGCCGACUCCAAUCUGGUCGAGCUGACGUGGCAGCUGCCCAAGCCGUACGCGGGCCGCAUCACCGGCUACGUUAUCCUCUAUACGGACCGCCCCAGGUUGCCCGAUCCAGAGUGGAGCGUGCUGCCUGUCAAGGGCGAUGUGCACUCGUCUGUGGUGUAUGGUUUGAGGCCAUUCACGCAGUACCAUUUCAAGGUGCAGGCGAGGAACUCGAGGGGGUACGGCCCCUUCUCGAAUUCUGUGGUGUUCAGGACGGGGCAGAUUUAUUCAGCCGUUGCCACCCAAGUUUCCAAUCUGGGCCAAACUGCUGAUUCCAGUAGCGUCUUUUCUUCACAAGUGCUUCUGUAUACGACAAUCAGCGGUUGCCUUUUGGCUGUCAUCACUAUAUCAGGCGUCGUGGGAUUCUUCUGCUGUCGAAAAAGAGACGUGGCAAUGUCCCCAGACAGAAAUAAGAAGGGCUCUCAGAACAUCAAACCGCCUGAUCUUUGGAUCCAUCACGACCAGAUGGAGCUGAAAGCGAUGGAGAAACGCCAUUCGCACAACGAUGGUGCCAGCAGUAGCGGCGCUAUGACAUUGCCGCGCAGCAUGGGCGGAAACGAAUACGAACCUCACGAUACCAUCAACACCAACUCGCUCGACAAGAGAACCUACGUGCCUAACUAUGUGGGUGAUGAAUCGCUCAGAGGUUCGGUUAGGUCCAAGCCCAUCAACUUUCCAGUGGAUUGUCAGCUACCUAGAGAUCCCAUCGCGACCCCCAUCAACACUGCCACUCUGAGCCAGUCGAGUUCAGAAUCGACUCCUUCCAGCCGACAGGCGUACGCUCGUACAGGGUACGCCGUGUCGAAGCAGCCGUUUGUGCCUUCCGAACAGUCUGCGCCGCAGCAGCACCACCAAGCCACCGAGAACGUCUACGUCACACAUCCGGUGCACAGCAGUGCUUAUGACGCCAACGUUCCUCUCAUCUCGGGCUACAUCGGCCAACCGCAGCCCGUGCCGCACAGCUUGCCGACGAGCAGCGGCGGGUACGCCCCCGGUAGUGGCGGCGGCGGCGCGGGAUACGCCCCCGGCACGGGCGGGGCGGACGCGGUGGGCGGGGCGAAGAGGAUGCAGGCGCAGGGGCAUCCGUUGAAGAGCUUCACCGUGCCGGCGCCGCCGCCCGUCUCCGCCCCCGGGACGCCGCAGUCGAAGCACAUCGUGACGGUGCGUCCGAACACCUCCCCCUACAAGCGCCAACAAUCGGGCAGCCCGGGGGGCGGGCAUCUGCUGGCCGGCGCGCCACCCCCCUCUCGCCUCGCUGCCGCCCACUGCCUGCCCCCGCACACCGCCGAAGAGGCGCAACGUCUGCGGCCGUCCUCCUCCACGGAGGAGCUCAACCAAGAGAUGGCGAAUCUGGAGGGGUUGAUGCUCACGUUGAACGCGAUCACUUCCAAUGAGUUCGAGUGUUGAAGAGAAAAAGAAGCUGAUGGGGUGACGAUUUUGGCGGUUCCGGUUGUUCUGGCUGAUCUAGUAGGACUGAUGGGCGUAAUUUUUUUGACUGAGGGUUAUUAAGCUGUGCGCACGUGUAUACACACCGUGUCCCAGCUAAAAUGUCCCCUCCUGUAAAAAAUCAACCGCGCGAUCGAAUGACUUGAAAUUUGGUCAGCCAGUAUAUUUGAUGAUGCUCACUCGAAUUAUGCUAUUGAAUAAAUCGUAGGUAUACAGGGUCACACCGAAGUGCACCUCAACUUUCUUUUUUCUUUCUUAUUCCAUAUUCAAGUAGAGUUCAUUAUUGCAAAUUCAACAAUGCCGGGUUUGAUGGGAUUUUUUUCGAACGACUACGAAGAUAUGCCAAAACAUCAAACGAUUCCAUAAAAAAUGUAUAUGAUAAGAAUUUAUCAAUACAACACGAUUGAAAUCGAAUGGAAAGAAAUUAAUUGGAAACUUAACUGCUCAAUAUGUCGUCCAUUCUGCUGCGAACAUUUCCUAGCUCAUUUGAUAACGUUCAUUGUGACCCUAUGUAUCACAUUGCGAUCAAUUUCCUCCAUAUUCACAAUUGGCGACUCAUGAAACUGUUGUUUCAAGUAGCCCCACAAAUAAAAAUCAAGUGGGGUGAGGUCUGGCGACCGAGCUGGCAGUUACUAUCACCAUCGAGGCAAUUGGUGGUUAUUAGAUUUAAAUUAUUUUCUCUUCAUUCGAUUUCAAUCGUGUUAUAUUCAUGAAAUUCAAUCAUAUAAAUUUUUUAUUGAAUCGUUUCAUUUUUUGCCAUAUCUUCGUAGUCGUUCGAAAAAAUCCCAUCAAACCCCGGCAUUGUUGAAUUUGCAAUAAUGAACUCUACUUGAAUAUGGAAUAAUAUACUGGGUGUCCCUAUUCAAAUAAUAAAGUUGAGGUGCACUUCGGUAUGACCCUGUAUACCUUCGAUUUAUUCAAUAUCAUAAUUCCAGUGAGCAUGAUCAAAUAUACUGGGUGACCAAAUUUCAAGUCAUUCGAUCACGCGGUUGAUUUUUCACAGGGAGGGACAUUUUAGCUGGGACACGGUGUAUUAUACCAAUGCAGGUAAGUGUUGUAUUUCGUGCUAGAUAAUUUAUUUAAAUUUAUUACUCGUAACAGAGCGCUUUCGACUGUUAAGUCUUCAUUAGUGCAUGCUCGUCAGGUUAACAGGGAAAUUUGUUCAUAAAAAUAUCUCUGGUUGAGUUUAAAAAAAUCUACAUCAUGGUUAAGUACGGUAAAAACAUAUUAAAAUGUGUUUCCCAAAAGGGGGUAAAAAACAGAUUACAUUUUCUUAAGCAGCCAUUGUCGCUGCGACAUGUCGUGUUGAAGUGAACUUGAUAAAGUAGAUUUUUUCAAACUGGACCAGUGAUAUUUUUAUGGACAAAUUUCCUUGUUAACCUGACGAGUAUGCACUGAUGAUGACUCAACAGUCGAAAGCGGUCUGCUACGAGUAAUGAAUUCGAAUAAAUUAUCUUGCACGAAAUACAACACUUCUCUUCAUUGGUAAUUUUUUUUGUUAGUAGAAGUUGGAUUCUUGAGUCUGAGGAAAUCGUUGGACUCGCUCGUGAGCCAAGUGAAAUUGUUCUUCCAACAGAAUUGGAGGAGUACUUCGUGAUCUUUGUUAAAAUCGUUGUAAAGUUAUCUGAUAUUCUUCAGUGCACACUUCUUGGCAUAGGAGAAAGAGCGACGCUUGAGACCAUCCCCACCACUUCACUUUUCUGUCGAGAACGUCACACGAAAAAACCACGCAAAUAUUAAAACGUGAAAGAGCUGGCGCUUUUGUGAUAUAUUAUUGCAUUUUUGAACUACAUGAUCAAACACGAUCUGCUGGCAAUUCCGUACUCAUGAAAAUAAACAAGUCUUUAUCCCUUCCAAUAUAACUGAAACUUCUAUCUAAAUUGAACUACGAGAAGAGAUUAUUUGAAUAUAUUAUGUAAAUAACUCUUGUAAAUUGUUCAAAAUGAGGAGUGGUCGAAGCCACUGCGUAUAUCCACAGUAUCAGUAUCAGUGGAACUGCUCAUAACAACAUAUUUUAUUUUAAAUGCUUCAGAUAUUGAAAUUCGUUCAAUUCAUGGUUUAGUCAUAUCAUUUGAUUACGUUGAAUGAAAACGUAGUUGUUUUUAAUCAUCUGAUUAACUAAUUAACAUUCACAGUUUCUGUUUUUUUUUUCAAACUUGCUUUAUUCUAAUGGUUAAAAUUUUAUAAUUCUCUUUUUCCGAUGUACAACCACAAUCGUGGGGGCGUUUGAACACAAUUCAAUUUUUAUACUGGAACUUUCCUUUUAAGUGCUAAUGCAUUAUCUUCAAGACUGAAUUCACUUCGCAUUUUAAUUUCUCAGGUAUGCAUUACUUUGUUUUUAUGAACAGGACGAUUUAGAAUGUUCCGGUCUUGCAUUGAAUUUCCCUCCACAUUCCGCUUAAAUGUUUUUCUACCCCAAUAUUUUCCUCGGAAUUAUGUUCCAUUCGUUCGUGCUCAAUUCUCUCGUGUAGAUUUUUCGUGACGUUAGUGACAAAGAGGUAGUGGAGUGGGGAUGGUCUAUACCGGCGCUCUUCCUACUUAACACUUCUUCAAUGCACGUACUAGCACAUGAAAUUUGCUCAACAAACUGUGCUGCCGGUUGAAUCUGCUCAAUAUGUAAUCCGCGAGAUUUACUCCCGUAACAUUGAUAAUCGUCACAAAUUCCUCACAAAGUUCUUUUCCUCAGGAAUUGACAUAAAAUUGAUUACUGAAGAGAAUCGAGGAAUUAAUUGAUAAAAUGAAUGAAAGAGAGAAACUAUGUUAAGCGAGUUGAGCACACCAAUGAACUGGCAUAUAAAAUUGACUAGCGUCUGGAGGAAGGAGGAAGAAAAUAAACAACGUAGUGGGAGAACAGCGCCAACAGGACCUACUCUAUCUCCCCGGGCCGGAGCAUCGUAUUCGUGACGUCACACUAGUAGGGACAAAAUCGAGGCGCUGGAAAUUGCGUUUCCCAAUUCAUUGAUGUACCACGGGAAAACGGUAACAGUUAUCAAAAAAUAUCAAUAGAUCAAAUAUGUACAGACUAGACCUUUUUCAAGAAAUGAAUCAAUAUUCACUGAUUUACGAUUAAUAGUUCAAGAAAUAUUGCAUAUCAAAAUGAAUUGACUACAUUCAGAAUUGUCGUUUUUUAAACAGCUGCUAUAAUUCCAAUAUGCAAGUCACAGAAAUGAUUCAACCAUGCGAAGGCUUCUCAGAGUUUCUAGAUUGACUGUAAUAUUUUUCAAAAUUCCCAAGAGCCGAUAACAAACCGAUAUUUCAAUUCAAGUAAAAUGGUGAUUCAGAUGAUUAUUACAGACUAGUUCAAAAAUUUUAGACGGCCCCCAUGCUUAACCUAUUAGUUGUGGAUAAAUGCUGUCACUGACUUUUUUGUAGUAAAUUUCAUUGCCUACAAAUCGAUAUGAUACACUUUUACUGUAUCAGAGGAUUUUAGCAGCGUUUAUGUAUAAAGAUAUUCUGGACACACUUUGAUGACGUUAGAAAUUAUAUACCUACCCGAGUAGAAGCUAUUACGCAAAAGUAUAUAUAUUUUAGAAAUAAUCUCAUAUUAAUUGAUUUGAGAACAUUUACAAAAUAUGAAAAUUAAAAAGAACAAGAAAUAUGUAGUUCUCAUACACACAAUACUAAACGAAAGCCAUUCUGAAAAUAUUCAACAUAAUAAAGGAGAAAAAAUAGCCAGAUAUUUCAAAAUGACAUGUACUUAUAACAAAAUUUAUAAAUCACAAACUAAAAAAUGGUCUCUAAGCUUCAUAUUCAUCAUUUAUAUUUCAUAGUAAUACCUAAUUAUUCAACACAAUAUCCAAUAUCAAAAUACCCACAACGGGAACAUGAGUAAUAAAACGUGUCCCUUACCUAUAGGGAAAUCGUUAAUAAGGGGAAAUUAGGUAGGUAUAAUACUAGACAAAUUUUUAUGCGCUCUUUAUUUCUAAUUUAUUUCGGACUCAUUGUAGGUAGCUCAAUAAUUUUCUAACUAUUUAAUUGAUGCAUUAUCCUAGUUUGACAUAGCCAGUUUCAUUUUAAACUGAUUCCAAAUAGGCAAAAAUAGUAUUCCGUAGUACAACGUCCUGAUUCUCAUUAAAAUUGAAUUUCUUCACAACAUCAUAAAUUGGUACUGGUUCAUCCUAAUGAAUUUAUUAUUUUGCCGAAAGUUGGGUAGUUCAUUAAUAUCUGCGUCUCGAUUGAGUGUGCUAAUUUUCAAAGUAAAUGAGCUAUAACCUUUCAAUUACGAACGCACCGAUAUGAAAUGAUGCGAAAUCUCAACCUACUAGUGUGACGUCAGCAUCGAGGUAGAGGGGAUAGACUACGGCCCGGUGAGAGAAAGUAGGCGGGCACAGAUCACCUAGCGACGUGCGGGACGAACGUUGGAGGGAAGGAGCGAAACAAUAAUUUAAUAUUGUUAUUGGUAGGUAAAAAGCCAUUACCCUUUAUUGGCACCGAAUUAUGUAUCAAGGGAAAGAGUGUAUAGUCGGUUGACAUUCAACUGUUUUCAGAAUAUCUACUCAUUUAUAAUUAUAGUUUGGUCUGCGUGAAAAUGGGAUCAAACUGUUGUGCAGAAUGUACAAAAACGUUCAGCCUUUUUCAAAUUCUCAGAAUGCAUUGUUUGAAGUCUCAUCCAACUAAGAUAGCCCCAUUCAAAAAAAGUGGGAAAGUGUAAGAGUUUUCCUGUGAUAGAAGCGGGUGGAAGUUUAACAUGGAGAUAAAUAGUACAGCUCACAAUAAAAAUGGUUCAAUUCACCUGCAAAUAGUGCGGUGAAAUCCUCAUCUGAUUGCCAAUUGUCCGUGAACAAAAAAUUGAGAGAUCAAUUCGAGAAUCAUUUAAAGAAUUCGCAUGACUUAACUUAACGUUGGUUGGAGAAAAAUCUCGAAAUUCCAUCUUAUCAACAAUUUAUUGAAUGGAAAAACGACAUAUAGAACUGAAAGAUAGAACUCAUUUCGUUAAGAAUAUCGAAACGAAAAGAUCGUCCAGAUUAGAGAUACAAUAUUUUUAUUGUCAUCGCUCUGGAUAUUUUCACUCAGAGUUUUGUGGUUUUGUUUCUCCCACUACGUUGUUUAUUUUUGUCCUCCUUCCUCCAGACGCUAGUAAAAUUGAACCAUAGUAUUCUUAUCUUGGUUCACUCGAAAUACUCGCAGAAUCACAUGAAAUCUCUAAAUCUUCACACCUUUCUCAUAACUCCGCAUCCUUGAAAAUAGUCAUAGAGUAAUUACUCACAAAACGGCAGCACUUUCAACAAGGUUCUGUAACUGCCACUGCAUGAUCUACGUCGACAAAACGUGACGAAACUUUUUUCAACGCUCUUCAAUGCAUCUACUCAAAAUUCUGAUGGAAAAUGGCGAUUUAUAGAAAUCGAUUGCCACAGAUUCGAGAAUCCAGCCCCUGAUACUCCGGUACUAAUUGUGGAAAAAUAUCUGGGCACAGUAUCGAUCAACUCGUUCAUAGACUCGAGAAUCGAUUUAUACCGUCAAGCUGUCAAAAGUGUCAUCUGUCAGAUUUUAUUAGUAUCGAUACCGAUUUCCAAAGUAUCGAUAUUCCGAUAAUUGAACUAUCAAAGGUUCAUUGCCUGCUAAAUUGAUAACAUGGUUAGGUAAUCAAGAUUCAUAAUGAAUUUUUCAGAGACGAACAUUAUUUUAAACAGUGCCGUGCGUUUUCAUUAAUAUGGAAAGAGGUCCAUUCUCCACGAAAUCGUUUUUUGCAUGAUUCAAAUUCAACGAGUUUUCACAUUAGAACAUUGAAGUCAAUUGCUGGUACAUCUUUCAUAAAACCAAACUUGAAGUUGACGAUGUCACAUAGGUUUUCCAUUUAGCAGACAAUGGGACGUUUAUUCAAACUGUUUGCCAUUUUGAUAAAGUGUUCCUAACUAAUUUUAUUAUGGUAACUGAAUGUUUUUUACAUUUCAAAUUGACCAUUUGCAAUAGCUAGAAGUCGCAUCUUUUCGAGCGUUUUUCAGGUGGGCAACGAUCUGUUUUUCAAAUACUUCUGCGGUUUUUCAUUUUCUAUUAUAUUCCUCGUUCAUUCAAAUUCAGUGAACUGAAUGUUUACACCUGGAAGGGAGACUGCCGUUUUCUCGAAUAGCACAGAGUGUGCAGCUGCAACAAAGAUAGCUUGUGUUACGGUAACCUGUCUCUUUCAUACUCGUGUUGUUUAAUGGCGGAUUUGUAAGUCAUAACUCCAUUGUUUAUUGUUAUUUGAAAUAUUGCUUCAUUCGGCGUGUUUUGUUUAAUCAAAAGGAUUGCAUUUGCUGGUGUGAAUUGAUUGUUGUUGAAACGGUUUGUGAUUUCGAAUGAUGAAUGAUUAUGCUUAUAAAGCUGAGACAUUGAGUUUUGCUCACCCUGUACAAUAUAUUGGGAUAUUUUAACGAGAUUAUAUAAUUUUGAUUUUGUGUACAUUUGAAUUCCUAAUUCUGUCAGAAUAAAAACGAAAUUUCACUUUUGAGUCAAUUCAAAAUUCAAUAAUGAUUUUUUAAUGUAAUAUUGGUUGCAUCAUUGUCCUUUUUUCUAAAUGAAUAUUCAUAUUUAAUUACGUUUACUCUUCAAUAAAAGCAAAAAACCAACAUAAGAUCAAUAUUUUUGCCUCACUCGUCGUUCACAGAGGAGCCCUUCCAGGUGUUUACAUUGACUUCAUAGUUCAUUGUUUAAAUGCUACAGAUAAAAUAGGUUAUGAUUCGAAGUUCACGCGCUCCUUUGACAAAUGACCGUCACUGGAGGCAAAACAACGUCACUUUUCUUAUUUGAUAAUUUGUUUAUAAAGGAUUGAAACAGUGUUUCACAAUUAUUUUGGCUUACGAAUCGUGUUUCUUGGGAUAUUAAUUUAUUCAAGCAAUCCAUCACCUUGUGUUGUACAAUGCACAAAAAAUGCAGCGAGAGACGAAGGAAUAAAGUUUUUCAGGUAGAUAAAUUGUGAUCUGAAAUUGAUGUACUCACUCACAUGGUUUUCAUUUUGAAAUUAUGACAUUGAUGGAAAUUAAUGACACCAGUGACAGAUUCAUUGCCAACCGAUAGCUGUUGCAUGUGAUCAAUCAUUGAUAAGAAGAUGAGUGAGGAAAACAAAAACAUGAUGUCACAACCUACUAUUGUUUUCCAAUGUUCAUAGACUUGGCCUAAGUUUAAUGGUAAUGCUAUCUUCCUGCCAUAUGAUUGUCAAAAUCCCUAGCCCAGUGUCCGAAGUUUUUUGUGUUGAUUUAAUUUUCGUCUUUCAGGGGAAUAUCAAUCUUGCCAUUUUUUUUUUGUUAAUGGCGGCGACUGAUUUCUUUCGAGAUAUAUGACUGAUUUGUGAGAAGAAAAUGAGUGUUGAUGUUUUCCAAUGUAGGUGGUUUGAGUUAUAUUCAAGGUGUUUACAACCUGUUGCCUAAAAUCGUGGUAAUUUUAAAAAUAUAUAAUUUUUAUAUAUGUUAGAUGAACUAAUCUAUGCCAAACAAAAAGAAAGGGUAAUUUUGCACUUAUCAUGCAAUGAUUUUUUUUCGAAAUUUUCUUUGGUAGUUACGUAUUUUUGUCUAAAAAACACGAAUUUGAUAAUGAAAAUGUGAACAAACCAUUAUUUAUCAAGAUAUUUCUCUAUGAAGUUACAAAUUUCACCUUCUUUUCCGCCUGUCUUCUGGAGCGCAUUUAGAACAAUUCGCCCUUCUUUUUCCAUCAUUGGACAAUUUAUAUAUAUCACAAUGUACGACACAGUUUUUUAUAUUAUAUGAGUCGAUAUGAUUUUCUUAUUAUUUAUCCAUGUUUAGUGAAAAGAAGGAGGACUUUAUAAUUUAAAUAAUGGCGUGUGUAAUGUCAUUCAAAAGCAAUCUAUUGACAUUUGACAUCUCGGAUUUGGAUUGACUAUUGAUUAAAUGAUGAUUUUAUGUUGAAUUUUCAAUAUGAAAAUGUGUCAUUGAAGUACAUCAUGAGUAUAUAAAGUGUUCAUUGACAAAAUAAGAAGAGCAAAUAUCUGUAAAUGCAUCCAACACAAGGGGACAAAGAAGGCGAAAUUUCGAACUUUUUCUUGAAAUAUCUCGAUGAAUUGUGGUUUGUUCACAUUUCAUUAUCAAAUUCGUGUUUUUCAGACAAAAAUACGUGAGUACCAAACAUAUUUUCCGAAAAAAAAAAAAAAACAUCGCAUGAUAAGUGCAAAAUUACCAAAAAAAAUAUUAUUUUUAAAGGAAAGUAACCGUACAAACAAUAAUUUAUUCCCUAUUGGAAGGUAUUUAUUUAAUGUUAAUGUUUCUCGAUGAAUAUUCAUUGAUGGCAUAGAUUUUUUUUAAUGAUUAAAAUUUCAAGACUGAUUGUAUUAAGAUUUGUUACCAAUUUUUUGGUUAUAAUAUACAUAAUAAUUGAAUAUCAUCAAUUGAAACAGCAACAAUAAUAAUUCCAAUAUUUUAUAAUUCUGACUAUUUAAUCCACAAUCGAUAUUUCAAUGCUCAAUUUUGCAGCUUAUUUGAACGGAUUCGAACUUUUUCUUGUAUGAUACUUGCAAUAACAUCAAUAAGUCAUAUGUAUUAAACAUAACAAUAAUGAUUGUUUAGAUGUGAUAUUUUUCAAUUAUUGUUUGUUACAUUCGGGGUAAAAUACAAUUUCAUCUAAUUUAUUUUUGGAGGCAGAGGUGGCCGUUGAAAAUAUUGUUGAAAAUGCUGAGUAGGUAUUAGGAAAAUUUAUUUUGACCUAAGCUAUUUUUGGAUCCACCAGUGAUAAACAGUUUUUCUUGGCCAAUGGGACAGUUGAAAUUUUUUUGAACCAAUGGAAAUUGAAAAAAAAAACACUAAUAUUUCAUAUCAUGGAGUAUCACGAGAGUUUUCUUGCCACAAGGUGUUGAUUGAGUAUGUGGCCAAACAUCCAGGGGUGAUUUUUCGGGUGGUUAUUAGACGAGUCAAUUUUUGCUUUUUAAAAACUGUUUUUUGUUAAUCUAGCUAGACUUUUACUACUACGAAAAACACUGCCAAAAUUCAACAAAUGAGGUGAAGGAUUUAACGAUAUUUACGAAAAACCGUAGUUUUUUUCAAUUUGACAUCUUUUGUAUAAACUUUUCAUCUUUAGAGUAAUUCAACAAAUCACUCCUCGAAGUUUGGCCGCUUACUUGACUAACACUCUGUAUAGAAGAUGUACCAGAGAGAUGUAGGAAACCAUAUACCGGGUGAUCCAUUCAAGACUAUUCACCCCCGAUAUCUCCCAGAAUUAUUAUAUUACAAAAAAAUGACGAAACAGGUCGAUUUUCAUAUGGAGGGGGACAUCUUUUGACGCAAAAUAUAUCAUUGCGAAAGUAAUUCAAUUCUGAAACUAGCAGUGGAAAGUUUUUUGAAUUUCAACAAGUAGUUCUCGAGAUAUUCGAGUUCAAAUGGUAUGUUUUCCAAUUGCGAGUAAUUGAAUGUAAGGGAAUGUAGUUUCGUGGAAUUGAAAAUUCUUCAAAUAUUACAGAAAUUUCGAAGAAUUAAAAACAAAAUCUAAAAGUUGCAAUAGAAAGAGAAAAUUCGGGAAGCAUGUGUAAAAUUCAAAUAUAGAAACAACUUUUUCAAGUAAACUUUUUCGAUAUUCGAACAAAUAAGCCUACUUUCAGCGAUUAAUUUGAAACAAAUUCACUUUUGACAUGUAGCGCAAGUCACGUGACCCCGAUUGAGUAGGCCAUUUUUCAUCUUUUUUGAAGCAAAACUUAACGUCCAACUCGAAUUUCAAAAUAAGUCAUUAAUAAAAGUUUUUCCCAUAUGAUGCCGACUUUAUGAAUGACACUGUAGAAUAAAAACAUUUUUUCACUAGGAAAAACUUCAAUAAUCUUGUGAAACUGAAAAAUGUAUCGUUUCCUUUUAUUUCAUCGGGUAAUGAAUUAUAAAUUCGGGGAGCCAUUGCUAUAGAAGAAUCAUAAUGAAUUUUCGUAUUACUAAACGGAAUAUAAAAGUGAUCUUUUUGGCGUGUAUUGUAUUCGUACCUUGAAUUAUUAAUCUUGAAGAUAUUUCGAUUUUUAUACACAUAAAGACAGAAUUCAAGAAUUAACAACGAUGGUAGAGCCAGGAUUUUCAAGUUUUUGAAGUGGUCCCUACAAGAAGAGCGUUUUGAUAUUCCUAGGAGUGAGCGUAUAAUACGUUUCUGUGCAAUAAAAACAUCUGAUGAUGCGGUAGAUAGGCCCCAGAAGCGUACUCCUGGAUGGUGGAUUCUAUUUGGGCAUAAUAUAAUUUCAGGAGUUGGUCACAGUUAAGUAAUGGUUUGAGAUUCCUGAACUGAUAUGAGUAAGAAUUCAAUUUGGAUCGUAGUAUUCGGCAAUGAUUAUUCCAUGUAAGACCACGACCAGCCCUAAGAACUUGACUUCUUGAACAAUGUUCACACAGUGAUUAUCUGUAGAUAUGUUCACAUCGAUACAGGUUUUCUGACGAUUAUGGAAUCUCAUUGAUUUUGUUUUAUCCAUGUUCAAACUCAAGAAGUUUGCAUUGAACCUAUCUUUCACGAUCGAAAAAGUCUCAUUACAUUUAUGUGAUAGUAGACUGUCUGAUUCAUCUGAGAUGAUCAGCGACGUAUCAUCCGCAUACAUAGUGGAAGAAGAAUGGACUGGUAUGUCAUCCAAAUCAUUCAAGUAUAAUAUGAAAAGGACAGGCCCCAAAACUGAGCCUUGUGCAUUUUCGUAUGGAGGUAAGUUGAUUUCAAUUGGUAUAUUUUGGUCUCUCGUUCACCCGGUAGGAUUUAUGGUACUUUGUUCUGGGAGACAUUGUAUAUUCAUUUCAGCAUAUCUGAGUCUUUUAUCUAUUCAGGCUCACUAUUGGUUUUUUGUUUUCGAAAUUAUGACGCAGUGUUGCCAAAUUAUAUCAUUUUUUCCUGCACUGGAGACAUAUUUGAAAAAAAUACAUUACCUAUCUUUUCAAGAAUUCACAUUGGUUAAAAAGUCACAAAAUUAUCCCACUGGUUGAGGACAAGCUGUAUAAAAAAAUGGACGAUAUUUUCAAGUUUCCUUCAGAGUGUGGCGCGGAAAAUCUGUCUUUUCUCAAUGUUGUAAUUUUCCUACCAAUUUUCAACAAUGUUUUCUUUUCUUCCGAGUCUUAAUGUCCAUAAUAAUCUUGCCUGGGGAAGUAUGUAGUUAAGGGAUUAAGUCUUAGUUUGCCAUAUAUUUUUAUUUAAUUAUGUAAUUCUAUUUAUUGAAAUUAGCACAAUAAAAUACUAGAUAUCUUGAAUAAUAAAGUCGAUUGUAUAUACUUAUACAUAUAAUAUUCAUUGUAAAUAGUUUCCAAUUGAAUCUCAAUCAGCAACAUAGUUGAUAUUUUGUAUUAUUGUAUUCAACAGCUAUAUUGUGCACAUAGGAAUAUUUUUGCUACAGUAGUACAAAAUAAUAUUUUAAGGGCUAACGAGCUUUAACAAAAUUCACUACAGUAUUUUUGACUUUCAUGAGUUGAUGGAAUUGUAUAUAAGAAAUGUGUUUUUCAUCGGUUUUUCAUUUGUAAUCGUAUUUAUUUGAAUUUAGGUACUUUUUUUAUGUGAUGUGUGAGAUUAUACUAAGAAUUGAGUACUAGAGUCGGGCUAAAAAGCCUUAACAAAUAAUAUGUAACUGUCCCAAUAUGUAAUAUUUUACGACAAACAAUUUUUUACUGUGUAGUAAUUUGUAGAUGUCGCAAAAUAAAAAAAAAUAGUAUUUAUAGGUUUGUAUUUUUUUCAAACAAUAUUUUGAUAAUCUUCUUAUCAUUCAAUCUGGAAUCAACUGUCCAAAUAAUCUAAUGUGAUUGGUUUUGUUUACUGUAACCUAUCAGUUUCACUCUGAAUUAUGCUAGAUAUCUUAGGAACUAAGAAAAAUGAAGGAAAGCUAACUCAGAUUAUUGUUCAGCACAUCAAGAACAUCCUGUAUGCUAUUUUUCAGCUCAUUCUGACGCCUCGAAUUUUCUGAAAUGAGUUUUCAGACCCGAAAAUCUACUAUGUGGAAGAGCCUUCAAAAUUGUUUGCCCUAUUACGGUGUGAAACAACAGCUCUUUUUCCUCAAAAAUAUAAAAGCAAUUUUUCACCUGUUUUCCUUUCCUUGCGGCACCUUCAAUAUACAAUGGCUCGAUCUAGUACCUCAAUUAGAUUGGAGAUCAAUGUCAUAAGCAGACAUAAGAAACAGUAUUUUUGACGGAACUGAAUCAAUUCUAUUUUGCCCACGAAAAGAAUUUCGAUCGUUGUCAUCAUUUCAAUCACAUUUCGAGAUUUUUUUUUUCAUUUUCAAACGCAAAUAUCUAGAAAACCAAGUGAGAUUAAUACAAACUCUGACCUCAAAUCCUUCAUGAGCACAUCGAGGACAUCCUGUAUACAAGUUUUCAUCUCAUUCUGACGCCUUCAAAAUAUUUGAAAAAUAGUUUAUUUUUCAAACCCAAAAAUCAACUUUGUCAUAGGUCCUUCCAAUUUGGUAUACAGGGACCUUUGAAACCACAUCUCUCUACCUUCAAAAUUAUUCACCUACUUUGUUUUUCUUGCGGUACCUUCAAUAUAAAACGGCUCUUUCUAGUACCUCAAUUCGAUAAGAGACCGAUGUCAUGAGACCUACUAAAUUUUUGGUGGAACUGAUCGAAUUCAAGUAUUUUGCCCAUGAAAGAUAAUUCAUUGUUUUUAUUUCAGUCAUACUUCAGAUUUAUUUUCAUAUUGGAAUGAAAAUAUCAGCAAAUAUCUUGAAAACCAAGUGAGAUAAAAACAAACUGACUUCAGAUUCUUGUUCAGCAUAUGAGGAACAUCCUUACAAGGUUUCACCUCAUUCUGCAUGACGCCUCUAAAUAUUUCAGAGCCAAAAAUCAACUUCAUAUCAAGGCAUUCAAAUAUGGUCUUUAAGGGAUGCCCUAGUGUGGAUUCCAAGUACAGCUAUCUGUCUUUGAAAAUAAAAAAGUUACAAUUUUUCACCCUGAUUUUCUCGGAUUUUUUUCAAAUGCGAAUAUCUUGAAAUCCAAGAAAGAUGGAGAAAUACUAAUUUCAGAUUCUUGUUCAGCACAUGGAGGACAUCCUGUUUGAAAAGUUUUAAAC